UGACUGUUCACAGAUAGCGGGCAAUGAAUGGUACUUUGAUCCCAAAUACUCCAUUUGCUGUUGAUUUCUGGCAGGUUCGGAAGUGCAGCCAUGUCCGUUUUUUCUUUCUUUCCCACUUGCACAGUGACCAUACAUCAGGUCUGUCCUCCACCUGGUGCAGACCAAUAUACUGCUCUCCCGUUACUGCCAAGUUGUUGCAUUGGAAGUUUCAGGUGGAUGAAAUCUGGAUCCACCCAUUGGAGUUAGGGGACAGCCACCUCUUAAAUCUGGAUGAAGUUGGAAAAGAGACCAUGACUGUGACAUUGAUUGAUAGCAAUCACUGCCCUGGCUCUGUCAUGUUUCUUUUUGAAGGUUAUUUUGGUACAGUUCUGUACACAGCGGAUUUCCGUUACACACCUAUGAUGUUUACCUAUCCACCACUGAACACAGAAAGAAGGAUAGAUCUCCUAUAUCUAGACAAUACCAACUGUGACCCUGAGUCCAUGGUGCCUUCCCGUGAAGAAGCUACUGAUGAGAUUAAGGCAAUAAUCAGCGCUCACCCAGAACACAAUGUGGUCAUUGGUCUGUAUAACUUGGGUAAAGAAUCAUUAUUAAUAGAACUGGCUAUGACAUUUAAAACUUGGAUUGUCGUGAGUCCUCGGAGACUUCAGAUGUUUCAACUUUUGGGACUGUGCGAUGUCUUCACUUCAGAGGUGGGGGCAGGAAGAAUCCAUGUAGUAGACCAGAAUGAAAUUAACCGCUUCAAUAUGGUCAAAUGGAAUCAGAUGUGCCCUACGAUUGCUAUUAUCCCCACAAGCCGAAAAAUAAGAGUCUGGCACAGGGAUGUACAUGUCGUUCCCUAUUCAGAUCACUCCUCGUUUCAAGAAUUGCAAGAGUUUGUGGCUAGACUGAAACCUUGUACAAUUAUCCCUGUGGUGAAAACUAAGGCAUGUGAAGCAUACUUCUGUCAAUACCUCAGUCCAGUUGAUGAUUUAAAGCAAAUCCACGUUCCAGAAACAGUAACAGUAAAAGAAUUUAUGCAAAAGAAGGCAAAAUGCAAUAAAAUGCUUCUUCACUCGCAUACAAGACUAAGAUCUCUGGUUAUUCCAAAGGGUGUCGUUUUUGAGUCACCAGAGAAAGUGGAGCACGACGACAGUGGUAUUGACUCUUUGUGUACAGAAAGACCAAGUUCUGAGAGCAAUAAGGUGGCAUUCCAAAAUAAUGACAAAAUACUGGUCCCAUCAAAACAUGUUUGGCAAAACUGGACUGAAGACAGCAAUCUGAGUGUGGUAGGGCAGAGUACUAAUAUCAAGGAAAAAUUGUGUGAAGAAAACAUUAACAAAACACAGGUACCAUUAAAACAAAAAAUAAGAGUUCGUUUGUUCAAAGAACAGAAAUCCAAUGUACCUUUAUUUAGGGUGGCAGUGAGGACAAGACAGACUUCAUUGCUGAACUGGUGCCAAGAUGGGAAAUCUGCACAUCACUAUUUAGCAAAGCAACCAACUAGAAGCAGCAGUCCUACCUUUCAGCAGUCCCAUAGGCUAUCACUGCUGAAUGCAAGCACAUCAUUGACAGCAAAUGGGCAGUCUUCAUCAAAUACUUCUGUGGGACAAGAGAAUGGACAGCAACAGCAACAUAAAUUUGAACAAACUGUGUCUGCUUCCAUUUCAUAUGCUGGCAAAACGUGCAAAAGUGAACAAAGUUUUACUGGUGAAAACUGUGUGACUUCAGUGCAGAGUUGGUGUUAUGCCAGUCUGAAAUCUUUUGAUGAUAUUGUUGAACAAUAUUUUAAGAAGAGGAGUAAAACACUUAUGAGAAACACAAUGGGUUAGUCUGUCAUAGACAAUCAGUAUGACAUAAAUGAAUGUUGUUUUACCAGGAAUCCUGCAACUUGGUGUUUUGCACAGGACAUUUAUUCUUAUUCCCAAAUGCCCAUGAUGCUGGUUCACAUUUCCUGGGUCAUUUCCAAUUGUUUGUGGGCUCUGGUAGGCAUAUAUACAAAACUGAUUAAAAUUGUUGAAAAGCAUUAACAAAUGCAGCAAAGCUCAGUACUUGCAAAUUGUCAAACUUUACAAGGGAAUUUGUGUCCUUGCACUCCACUUUGAUUGUUGGUCAUCAAAGCAGAAGAUCACUUUGGAAACAGUACCAUUCUGAAUUAAAAAUGUUAACAAGAGCAUUAAUUUAUUUUUUCAAUAUUUUAUUCUUUCAUUUUAUAGAAUGAAACGCUUGGUAGGGUAUUUUGACCAAAUCUAAUGAAAUAAAAAGGUAUGCGUAGCAAAGUGAAGUAAAAUGUUACAGUUUUGAUUCGCAAACCCUCAUCAAAGCUGGCAGAUUAAGAGAGCUGAGCCCCAUCAUAAGACUGAAUAAAACAGAUAGGAGGGGAGAGCAACUGGCAAGGUUUGAGAGUACUGAUAUACUGUUUACUUUUCCAGAGAGAUAUCUGAUGGAUUUUUAAUCAAUCAUGUAUGGACUUUUUUCAAAGUUCAUUUUUUUAAGCAGGUGCUUUGUGUAUGUCCAAAUUCUUGUUGAGUAGUUGAUGUGAACAACAGCAAAAUAUGUCACUGAGGAUAGCCAUCUUACCUUAAGCCUUUAGCAAUGAAGGUCAUAAACUGGUCAUGUAGAAGUGAUCAUGACACUCUGACUCACUUUCCAGCUUUUUCUCUUGUUUACUACCAUCAUAUGUUUAUGUCAGAUGAUGUAGUCAAGCUUGGAAAUUUUCUGUGUUGAAUUUUGCCUCCUCCCUACUGAAUCAUUAAAUAUUAUUAUGCAACAGCACAAAAAAAUA